AGGAAGAGAGAGAUAAUACCUUCUGAAUACAUGAUGAACGUAUUUGUUGGGCUUAAACUGACUUGGGGGCGAGCGGUGCACAGAAACAGGGAGAGUGCAUGUGUCAUCAAGCUGGCCAUCGCCAAUUCUCCCUUACUGCCACCUGAAGUCUAUCAAUUGUUCUCCUGAAGAGCAUCGCACAAACAACAGAGGAUACAUAGCCUUUCUCUAAUACUAAGAGGUGUGAGUUUGAGGAGGCGAGAGGAUGCUCAACAACAUGACAACAGACUGCGAGGAGGGAGAGGGGAGCCCCAACAAUCAGGGUGAUAGGAACCCUAAAGAGAGCAGUCCUUUCAUCAACAGUACUGCCACCAGUGAUGUGGAGAAGAGCCAGCAGUAUGACGGCAAGAAUAUGGCUCUGUUUGAAGAGGAGAUGGACACCAGUCCAAUGGUGUCCUCCUUGCUCAGCAGUCUAGCCAACUACUCCAACUUGCCAACAGGCAGCAAAGAACAUGAGGAGGCUGAGAAUAACGAGGAGGGUGCACGUCCAUCUAAAAAACCUAUCCAGGCACCACAACUUGGAACUCUGAUGGGUGUUUACUUGCCAUGUAUUCAAAAUAUUUUUGGUGUGAUCCUCUUCCUGCGAAUGACUUGGAUGGUUGGCAUUGGAGGCGUGCUCGGUUCCUUCAUAAUUGUCUUCAUGUGUUGCUCCACAACCAUGCUCACAGCCAUUUCUAUGAGUGCCAUUGCAACAAACGGAGUAGUUCCGGCUGGAGGUUCCUACUACAUGAUCUCUCGCUCUCUUGGGCCUGAAUUUGGUGGCGCUGUUGGGAUUUGCUUUUACUUGGGCACCACUUUUGCUGGUGCCAUGUACAUCCUGGGGUGCAUUGAAAUCCUGCUGAUUUAUAUUGUUCCUCAGGCAGCCAUCUUCAAGAUCGAGGGCUUAGAAGGACUGGAGGCAGAGGUUGCCCUUCUAAAUAAUAUGCGGGUGUACGGCACCAUUGUUCUGAGCUUCAUGGCUCUGGUGGUGUUUGUUGGGGUGAAAUAUGUCAACAAGCUGGCACUGGUCUUUCUAGCCUGUGUCAUCCUCUCCAUUCUAGCUGUCUAUGCAGGAGUCAUUAAAACCGCUAUUGACUCACCUGUCUUCCCGGUUUGCCUCUUGGGAAAUCGCACUCUUGUCUCCAAAGGCUAUGACGUCUGCGCAAAGGUCGUUGAAAUAGACAACGACACAGUAACCACCAAACUAUGGCGCUCAUUCUGUGAUUCUGAGUACCUCAACGCGACCUGUGACGAAUACUUCAUCAACAACGAUGUCACUGAGAUACAGGGCAUUCCUGGGGUUACGAGUGGGAUCCUGGCAGAAAACCUGUUUGGAAAUUAUCUGGAAAAGGGGGUAAUUGUGGAGAAGAGAGGACUUGCAUCACAAGUAGAUCCAGACACUUCUCCUACCAGCACCAACCGAUUUGUGCUUGCUGACAUUACCAGCUUCUUCACACUGCUCGUGGGGAUAUACUUCCCAUCCGUCACAGGUAUCAUGGCAGGUUCAAACCGAUCUGGAGACCUGCGUGAUGCUCAGAAGUCCAUCCCUAUUGGCACCAUUGCAGCCAUCACCACCACAUCUAUUGUGUAUAUGUCCUGUGUGGUGCUUUUUGGUGCCUGUAUAGAGGGUGUUGUCCUAAGAGACAAGUUUGGUGAAGGUGUCAAUGGUAAUUUGGUGAUUGGGACCCUGGCAUGGCCCUCUCCAUGGGUCAUUGUAGUUGGCUCAUUCUUUUCCACCUGUGGAGCAGGACUUCAAAGUCUGACUGGAGCGCCACGUCUCCUACAAGCUAUCUCAAGGGAUGGUAUCAUACCAUUUCUUCGAGUGUUUGGACAUGGUAAAGCCAAUGGAGAACCUACCUGGGCCCUUCUGCUCACGGCUGGAAUUUGUGAAAUUGGCAUCAUUAUCGCCUCUUUGGAUGCAGUGGCACCAAUCCUUUCCAUGUUCUUCUUGAUGUGCUAUAUGUUUGUUAACCUUGCCUGUGCUUUGCAAACUUUACUGAGGACACCAAACUGGAGGCCUCGAUUUAAGUUCUACCAUUGGGCUCUAUCAUUUCUGGGUAUGAGUUUGUGCCUCUCACUUAUGUUCAUCUGUUCCUGGUACUAUGCCAUUGUUGCCAUGGGAAUCGCCACAUGCAUCUAUAAGUACAUUGAAUUCUGUGGAGCUGAGAAGGAGUGGGGUGAUGGAAUACGCGGCAUCUCUCUCAGCGCGGCUCGAUUUGCCCUCAUGAGGAUAGAGGAGGGGCCACCACACACAAAGAACUGGAGGCCUCAGAUUCUGGUUCUGGUCAGUAUGGAUGGGGAGCAGAAUGUAGAACAGCCUCGUCUGCUUUCUCUAACCAAUCAGAUGAAAGCAGGGAAGGGCCUUACCAUUGUUGGCACCUCCGUUCAAGGAAAGUUUCUGGACAAUUACACUGAAGCCCAAAGAGCAGACCAGUCUUUGAGAAAAUUGAUGGAGACAGAGAAGGUUAAGGGAUUCUCCCAAGUGGUCAUAUCCUCCAAUUUGAGAGACGGGACAUCCCACUUGAUCCAGGUUGGAGGACUGGGAGGUUUGAAGCACAACACUGUGAUGGUCAGCUGGCCACGUAACUGGAAACAGCCUGAGUACCACCAACAGUUUAGAGACUUUAUUGAAGUGGUAAGAGAGACCACAGUGGCCAGUUUGGCUCUGUUGGUUCCUAAGAACAUCUCUAGCUAUCCAUCCAAUGGAGAGCGCUUCACAGAAGGACACAUAGAUGUGUGGUGGGUUGUCCACGAUGGAGGCAUGCUGAUGCUACUGCCCUUCCUGCUGCGUCAGCAUAAGGUGUGGAGGAAAUGCAAGAUGCGCAUUUUUACUGUGGCUCAGAUGGACGACAAUAGUAUCCAAAUGAAAAAGGAUGUCAUUACGUUCCUUUAUCACCUGCGCAUUGAUGCAGAGGUGGAAGUGGUGGAGAUGUAUGACAGUGACAUAUCAGCCUACACCUAUGAAAAGACACUAGUAAUGGAACAGCGCUCACAGAUCCUCAAGCAAAUGCAUUUGACCAAGAAUGAGAUGGAGCGAGAGAUCCAGAGCAUAACAGAUUCCUCCCGCGGGUCCAUCCGGCGUAAAAAAACCUCUGCUCCACGCUCCCAGCCCAGUAUCGAGGAAGGAGGCAGAAUGACUGAACAACCAGAAGAAGAGGUCCAGCUUAUUCACAGUAAGAACACCUCCUCACCUGCUAGCCCCACCAGCCUCACAGCCCCUGCAGGGGGCGGAGCCACCUGGACAGACAGCAAGGGAGCAGACAAGGGGAAGAACAUGGAUGGAGGAAAAGACCUCUUCAGCAUGAAGCCGGAGUGGGAAAACUUGAACCAGAUAGAUGUGAGGCGCAUGCACACGGCCUUGCGGCUCAAUGAGGUCAUCACAAAGAAGUCCAAAGAGGCGAAGCUUGUCCUGCUCAACAUGCCAGGUCCCCCAAAAAAUCGUGUGGGAGAAGAAAACUACAUGGAGUUCCUUGAGGUGCUCACAGAGGGCCUCAAUCGGGUUCUUCUGGUCCGGGGAGGUGGUCGUGAGGUCAUUACCAUCUACUCCUGAACAUCCUGAAAUCUGAUGUUUUACUGUGAGGCUCUUCCUGGCUGCAAAACCACUUUUAAACUUCCUUUCUACUGUUCUAGUUAUGUUAAAUGUUUUUUUUUGGUCUUUUUCUGAUACAUGUUGCCUAUUGUACCCAAUAUUUAUUCAUCUUGUGUGUUGUUUGUUUUAUGUCUUUAAUGGUUUUUAUCAAAGCACGCUUAUUAGCUGAAUGAUGAUGGUACAGUGAAAGUGGUGUCAUGUUAGAUGAAAGUUUAUUGUUUAUUGAGUUUCUCAAUUAUAAAUACUACAUUCCUAACCUCAUAGAGUGGUGAAUAAUCAUACACACUAAACAUUGCUGGGUUAUUUUUCAUAUUUAUGGGUUAUUUCUAAAAAUGUGGGUAGUUUUUGUGACCCAACAGUAACCCAGCUGGUCGUUUUCUUUGUUUUGACACACCCAUUAAAUAUAUCCAUCCAUCCAUGUUCUACCGCUUGUCCCUUUCGUGUGUGAAUGUGAGUGUGAAUGUUGUCUGUCUAUCUGUGUUGGCCCUGCGAUGAGUUGGCGACUUGUUCAGGGUGUACCCUGCCUAUCGCCCGAAUGCAGCUGAGAUAGGCUCCAGCGAUCCCCUGCGACCCCAUUAAAUAUAUAACCAAUUUACUUAGUAGAAUUAACCCAGCAUUGCAGUUAAAAUUUACCCAGAAUUUGGGCUGAAUAUAUAACCCAUCUAGCUGGGUUAAAUAAGAAACCCAUCUUGCUGAGUUAAAUUAAAACCGCAUUGCUUUGGUCCAAUAGUUACCCAGCAUAUUUUAGAAUGUAGUCAUAAAACAAUAUGCCCAUCAAAUACAUUCAAGUGUUGAUAUGAUGAUUUUAAGAUCACAUCAAUGACUAUCUAAUUCUGAGAAGAGCUGCACAAUCACUGUUUUAUGGCCCACAGCUCGUUUUUGUUUGGCCCUCGACAUGUUCUAAACAUUUUAUGAAUUCAUUAUUAAAGAGGUGUAUUAGAUAUAACACUGAGAUCUGUUUGCUUUGUCACUUAUAACACAAAAUCUACGGUAACACUAUUUUUUUAACUAAUUUGUACUGAUGUACAGUACAUAGAAUUGGUUUGAGCACUUUUAAUGUACAAAGUAUCAGAGUGUUCUCAUUUUUCAGUAUGCGGCGCUCUGUGAAAAAGUUUGAACACCCCUGGCUUAAGGUAUUGCCAAAUAUACAAAAAUUUAAUAUUUAAGUCUAAUUUAUAUACUAAAUUUAAAAAGUGUAUAUAGCCGCACUGCAGUAUUCCUUACAUCAAUUGUUGUUGUUGAAAACAAUUCUGGUUUUAUUUCCAAGUGUAAAAAUCUAUUAUUCUCUUCCCAUACACACAAUUGAAGGUUCAUACUGUAUUUCACCAUCAUACCAUGGUAUGUGUGCGUGCGUGCGUGUAUCGAAGAGAGAGACUUGAUUAAAUAUGUAAUUUUGGAUUUAGAAUGACCAUUUGAACCGUGAAUGUGUUUCAAUAAAGAUUUUGUAUAGGUAAAAUGUA